GAUUGAGGCUGGGGGGAAAAGAGGAUCGAUGAUUAAGAAGCCAAAGCCCAGAGAUCGUUGGGGAGAGUUGAAAGUCGAGAUGAAGGACGGUUUUCUGUACAAUUUCUCAGGCACCUGAUGGAAUCCCCAGUACUUCGAGUCGGAAUAGAGGGGAGGAACAGUAGUUAUGUUGCCUGUCCCCCCUGCCGGGUGCGGUUGGGUGGCGCCUCAGCGGGGGAGCGUGAGGCGGGGAAGGGUGUCCCCCUCCGCGCCGUUAAAAUGAAACUCUAGUGGCUGGAGUCAGGGCAGAGCGUGAGGGGAGCCGGCACAGGCGGGCUUGCUUGCAGCCCAGCGGGAGCGGCCAGCCGGGCAGAACUAGCUGGACUUUCCGACGGGCCCCCAUCCCGAGGCUGCGGCAGCUUCGGUUCCGAGCCUGACUGGAACGGAGCCCGAGUCCCGGCCCCUGAGGGGAUCGCUCUCUGCAGACCAGUGGGACCCCGAAACUUGAACGCAAUACCUACUCCCUUUUUAUGCCUUCCUUUGUCACUUCCUCACCUUUCUCCCAGCGCGUUCUUUUUCCCCCCUUUUCGUUCUCCCUCCCUCGAAGGACACAAAAGUGGCUGCCGAGGAAAGAUUUGGAGGCAGUGGGAGCUUUUCUCUUCGGAGAGCGACCGUGUGGAAAGAAUUUUUGGGAAGCAGCUUUCUAACACCUCAGCCCUCCUGCCCCCCCAAGCCUCUCUUUACCUCUCUGAGGAGAAAAAGCCCGUAGAUUGAAAGUUCGGGGGGCAUCUUGCUGGGUGCUGUAAGAGGAAAGUGGGGGAGGACCCCGUCCUCGUCCCGGUAGUUGGCUGGACUUGUACCGGCCGUUGGAAACCCCGAAGUGCAUUUCCGUGUGGGACUUUUAUAGAUCUAUAUUUUUAGAUUUUUAAAUAUCAGAUAAAAAAAUAUAUAUAUAUAUGCUUUCUAUAUAUUUCCUGACGACCUGCCCCUGACAGCGCGAUGUACAAUACGGUGUGGAGUAUGGACCGCGAUGACGCAGACUGGAGGGAGGUGAUGAUGCCCUAUUCGACAGAACUGAUAUUUUAUAUUGAAAUGGAUCCUCCAGCUCUUCCACCAAAGCCACCUAAGCCAAUGACUUCAGCUGUUACAAAUGGAAUGAAGGACAGUUCUGUUUCUCUUCAGGAUGCAGAAUGGUACUGGGGGGAUAUUUCAAGGGAGGAGGUAAAUGACAAAUUACGGGAUAUGCCAGAUGGUACGUUCUUGGUCAGAGAUGCCUCAACAAAAAUGCAGGGAGAUUACACUUUGACUUUGCGUGUGAACCAUAGAGUGGUAGAAGAUAAAGUUGAAAGAAAAGGAGACAGAUGCACAGAGCCUUGUGAGCCAUGGAAGGGAGGCAAUAAUAAGUUAAUAAAGAUCUAUCAUCGAGAUGGUAAAUACGGCUUUUCUGAUCCUCUGACAUUUAAUUCUGUGGUGGAGCUCAUUAACCACUAUCAUCAUGAAUCUCUUGCUCAGUACAAUCCCAAACUUGAUGUGAAGCUCAUGUACCCAGUGUCCAGAUAUCAACAGGAUCAAUUGGUAAAAGAAGAUAACAUUGAUGCAGUAGGUAAAAAACUCCAAGAGUACCACUCUCAGUAUCAGGAAAAGAGUAAGGAGUAUGACAGGCUAUAUGAGGAAUAUACCAGAACAUCACAGGAAAUACAGAUGAAAAGGACUGCAAUAGAAGCUUUUAAUGAAACAAUUAAAAUAUUUGAAGAGCAGUGUCACACACAAGAACAGCAUAGCAAAGAAUAUAUCGAGCGAUUUCGCAGAGAGGGGAAUGAAAAGGAAAUUGAACGAAUUAUGAUGAAUUAUGACAAAUUGAAAUCACGUCUGGGUGAGAUUCAUGAUAGCAAAAUGCGUCUAGAGCAAGAUUUGAAGAAACAAGCUUUGGACAACCGAGAAAUAGAUAAAAAAAUGAACAGUAUCAAACCUGACCUGAUCCAGCUGCGCAAGAUCCGAGAUCAGCACCUUGUAUGGCUCAAUCACAAAGGAGUCAGACAGAAACUCCUAAAUGCCUGGCUGGGAAUCAAGAAUGAAGAUGCUGAUGAGACCUAUUUUAUCAAUGAGGAAGAUGAAAACCUGCCCCAUUAUGAUGAGAAAACCUGGUUUGUUGAGGAUAUCAAUCGAGUACAAGCAGAGGACUUGCUUUAUGGGAAACCUGAUGGUGCAUUCUUAAUUCGUGAGAGUAGCAAGAAAGGAUGUUAUGCUUGCUCUGUGGUCGCCGAUGGGGAAGUGAAGCACUGUGUGAUCUACAGCACUGCUCGGGGCUAUGGCUUCGCAGAGCCCUACAACCUGUACAGCUCGCUGAAGGAGCUGGUGCUCCAUUACCAGCAGACGUCCCUUGUUCAGCACAACGACUCCCUCAAUGUCAGGCUUGCCUACCCUGUCCAUGCACAGAUGCCCUCGUUCUGCAGAUAAAGAGGGAGUGGGAAGAGAGGUGGCUCUCUAGCAUUUUUUUCCUACAGUUUUUAUUAGACUAUGAGGGCAUUCUUUCUACGUAGACUGCUUGUUUUGCACAAGAAGUGAUCCUGUGAAUGUGGAGAGGCCGAGAAGCAGCCUGCCAGGAUGGGGGCGCAAGAAGCCUGAGCUUCUCUGAGACUCCGCUCUGCCGCUGCACCAACAUAGGGAGCUGGAAGCAGAUGUUGUUUUCUGGAAAGCCUAUUUCAUUGGGGUUUUUGUUUUGUUUAGCCAGGCACCCUCAGCAGAACGUAUUAGGUUUGAUGGGGGUGGGGGUUUAUAUCUGGAAAUCUCUGAAGAGUCCUUGUCCUCUUUUGGUCUUCGACUCUGAGAAUGUGGCAGGGGCAUGGCUCUUUGGGGAGUUCUGUUUUGAUCUGGCGGUCUCUCUUAACUUCCUCCCAAAAAGAAGUCUGUUUUGGUUCUGUGGUAGAAUGGCAUUUGGUGAAAAAGACUACCAAAGGAAAACGAGGAGGCUUGGGAUUUCAUUUAGAGAAUCUUAGUCAAGGGGGUAAAAACACCUUCAACUGGAGGUACUUUAUUAACUAACACAAGUUAGGCGUCAGCAUCUCACAGUGGCUCCUUCCUCUAAAGAAGCAUUAUGUUUAGAAACCAAAUUGAUCUCAGCAGAAUAAUAUUUGUUGCCAGACUAAGGUCUGAUGGAAAAGACAGCACUAGUAUCUGAAUGCACACUUCUGUACCAAAACUUGAAAGGAAAACUAGAAUUUGUUAGUUUUAGCAAACACUAAAAUUGGUCAGUGCAACUCCUUCUGCCCCACCCUUGUUUCUCAGAGAUGAGGAAUAGUGUUCUUUUUGUGGGCAUGGUGAGCUUUGAAUCAUAAAAUGAAGUUGGUGCUUGUGUGGUGUUUCCUUAAAAGAAUGAUCUAUUGUUUGAAACCUUUGUAACUUGUUUGUAUGAGUAAAGAAAAGGUGCAAUCCAGUGCUUUUAGAUGGCUUGAUAUACCAAAUAAUGAUAUAGAACAACAGUCUUACAUGUGCUUCCCCAAGUUUAAAUGCCCUGCAGAAACAGUAAACGUGGUUUAAUUUCCCUUCAUCUCCCUCUCCUUUGCUGGGUAAGGCUUAGGGGAGAUCUAGGUGGCUAAGGUUGUAGCAGGAAGGGAGCCAGACUGUUGUCAGGGACCUCAAUAAUUUACAGACCCAGAGGCUGGGGGUCAUCUGCAUCACCCAUGUGCUUCCAUACAGUGGUUUCUGAAACUUUUGCAAGGAGAGGAAAUAAUGGCUUGGAGUUUAGACUGUUAGUAAAAGCCAUCUGGAAGUUUUUCACUUUGCCUUUUUGUGAGCCUGCCAUUAAGAUGAUGUGCACAGACUGUCCUCAUGCUUCAGUGACCCUGAUUUUAGGCCAGGAAUCUUCUGCUCCAUGUGGUUUAAACCUUCCAGCUGAGUGAAGCUAGCGAGCAGAGUUGGAGGCAGGCAUCUACUCCUACCUCCAUUAUGCCCCACCCCCAUCAGUCCACACUCAUUCAACAAAUAGAGUCCAGCUGCCUCCAAGCCAGUCCUGGAACCAUAAUAGGUUCAGAGUGAGUCAGCUGUUUGAGUCCAAAGCUGUGCAGUCAGGCAUCUUGGCUGAGCUACAGAAGCAGCCAAUAUCCGGGUCUUGGUACAUAAGGCUUACCUAGGAAAGUUCUAAUUUGUGGGAUGAAAGAAAGAAACACUGCUUUCCCUGAGCACUUAUCUUGGUGACAGGGUCUAGAAUGGACCAUGAUGUAAAAAUAGCUUACAAUUUUUGGAAAGACCUCCAGAGUUACUAACGAUGAGGAUAGGAAGAAAAGGGCAUAUCUUUGGUUUUUCUUUGGUUACAUAGCAGUUUCAGGAUUAGGUGAGGCAGACAAAUGAACCCCUCCCUCCAGUGUCCCAUUCUGACUUAAGCCCUUAACGAUAGCCAACUGCACAUCCCUUCUCCACAUUGCCAGCUUGAAAUCUUGCAAGUUUUACUGAGUAGUAUCAGCUUAGUUGCUGCUAGGCCUUGUACCUGGUAUUGAACCUGCUUAAGCAGUUGGGUGCUCAAGAUUGGGUGCAAGAAAUCCCUCCUUUCUGGUACUAAAAUUUAGUGAGUUCCGAGUGUCUCUUCUAAAAUAAAACAGGAGUAAGGAUACAUGCCUGUGACAUUGAACCAUGUGUUGCUCCUUUUCAGGCAGACAUUAAGGGUGUGUAGGGAGAGAGCUAACACCAUCUAAUAUUUACACUUCGAAUAAGGGCUGGCUUGUAGAGAAGGACUCUUCUUUUUUAGUCCUACAUUCCUUCACUUUUUUCUUUCCUGUUUUUUAUUCUUGAAUUUGUUGCUUUGUGGGAACUAAGGCCUUAGGGAUCAUUUGAGAAAUUGGAAAAUAUCUUUUCUGACUAGUUGCCACAUGACUUGCUUGAUCCUGAGCCAGUGGAAAUGGCAUAGGGGACCAGUCUACUAGCCACUUGGAGAGGUAGCAUGCAGCUCUUUUACUCCAUGGUCCUUCGUGUCCUGUCCCAUGAUUUGGACCCUGGGACUCUCUCUCUUGGCAUCUUAACUACAGCCUCACUGAAGCAGGGAGUAAAGAGACAAAGACCAGAGGGGCUUGUUGUUUUUCUGGCUAGGGAAGCCAGCCACCAGCAUGGAAGCAGCUUGAGGCUUGCUGAACACAGGUCCUAGGCCCAUCUUUUCCAGGCACAGAUUUCAUCACAGAACAGUCCUCUUGGUCUCUUCCUGAUCAUAGAUGCUAAAUCUUGGCCAGGCCUCAGGACUGUAUAGGCUAGCUGUGUCCUUACCACUGAUUUGGCCAAGGUUGAGGACUUCCUAAUACCACCUUUACUCCAUCUCCAAGCCUUGUUGGGACCUCCCACUUACCUUGGACCUCAUGUGCUCUAAAGGCAUUGAUAGCCAAAUGUGGUGUCUUCCAUAGGUCUCCUCUUCUUGCUGCAAGGAACCAGCCCCAUGGGUCCUCUUGGGCCAAGAAUUGCAUCUGGACAAUUCUUAGUUUUUGAGGUGGCCUUUGUUGCCAGUUAAGACUCCAAAGUAGGCCUCUAUAAAGCUUCUGUGGCCUCAAAGCAGAGGGUGCAGAUGGAGGCCUGGCUGAGCUCUCUGCUGCCAACUGCUCAUCCUUGCUGUAGCUGCAGCCACUUGUGACAAACCUUGUUUCCUUACAAAUUCCAGCAUGUGACUUUGGUGCCCUGUUGUUACUUGUGAAAAACUAUUCUUCUACUGUCUUUGAUGUAGUCAAAAACAAAAAAAAAACAAAAAAACAAAAAAAACAAAAACAAAAACAAAAAAAAAAUCCCAACCAUGUAGUUUAUGUAAAAAUAUCUGAUUCACAAAGAAGCCAACUAUAUGUCUUGUGUUGGGACAGUUCAUAAUGUAGUUCCUAGACCACUUUUGCAAAUUGUUCUUGUCACCAGAUGUGUUCAGACAUUGCUGUGCAGUUGUGGGGGAGGGUGGGGGGGGGGAGGUGAUGGGGGAGAUACUUUUCAGUCUUUUGUUUAUCUUCCCCAAGAGGGUACAGUCUGGCCAACUUGCUCCAGUAAUGCAAUAAAAACAUUGCAAUAAAGCACCUUUUGUCCUCAUGCUAUGAAAGGGUGGCCUAGGGGUGGGAGGCAAGCAGAGGAUUAGGGUGUUGAAAGCCCUGAAACUCCCAAACCUUCUCUGUCAUGAGCACCAAAAGAUUGGUCCUAGGGCUGAACUGGGGCCACGAAAGGCGCUCCUCCUCCCCUGAACAAGAAGAGGAAGUCGCCCCUAACAGGCAUGAUGCCAACAUCUCCAUCCAGCACAGGACACAGGGACACUCAGAAACCAACCCCGAGAAAGUUAAAUCUGAGAGCUGUUUCCUUCUCGCCCCAUUCCUAACUACUAAAAAGUCCAGCUUACAGAUUCUCAUCACACCUUUCUACCCGGAAAUAAAAGUGUUUCCAGAGUCUAUUCUGGGGGUAAAUGUUUGUUGCCCAAGGCCCUUGUCACCCUCCUGCCACAGCACUUUGUUAAGGUUUCUCUAUGUUAGGGACAUAAUUAACAAAAUGUGACCACCUCUUUGCAAAGGACAUUGCAGUUUUCAUGCAGUCUCUCAGGCCCCACCCAGGUGUGUAGUGAAUUACAAAUCAGAUUGGGUAGUGGGUAGUCCAUUGCCCUAAAUGAUCUUGCCUAUGUCCUUUCUCCCCAUAUGCUAGGAACUGAUAGAGGAUCUUCCCAGAUCCUGAGUUGUUCCCACUCUCUGUAUAGGACACUCAAAUUACUGUCUCCAGCCUAGUCCUGUCUUCUGAACUUCACCUGCUGUCUGGAUAUCUCCACUGGGGCCUUGAGUGUCCCACAGGGACUGCAAACUUUGUUUCCAGAGAAAACCUAUGCUUGGCUAUGAAUUCCCUUUCCUACCACCAAACCUAAAACCUAUGUCCACAUGACUGCUCUGCCUCUCACCUGUUAAAUUACAAAAGCUGGCCCUCCUCCAACUAAAAGCUAACCUUUCCACAUGUAUUUUUGUAUCUAUUUUCUCCCUCCUCUUCAGGAAUCCCCCAUGAUCAGUUAUCAAUUCUUUCACUGUUGUUUUCUCUCGACUGGGUCAUCUGUUGACAUUGAAACAUGGUUGGGUGUGUCUCAGUCCACUUCCUGACCUCUACUGAAUCCUACAUCCCUUCAUCUCUUUGCCCCCCUUCAAAGCCAAACCUUUUUAUAAAAACUGUCUAAAUCUGUCUUUAUUUCCUCUCCUCCACCAUCUCAGUUCAGGUUCCAUCACCAGCUGAAGCUGCUUUCCUUGAAGUCUUCAAUAACCAUCAUCAUUGACUACUUGCCAUGAAAAACUCUCCCCUGGACUCCAUGACGACUCAGCAUCUGGUUUUCCUCCUACAUCUCUGUUCCUUUUAAUUCUUCAGACUCCUCUGGCUGCCUUCUCACUGAUGUCUUUUUCCUUGGCAGUUUUAUCCACAUCCAUGAUUUCAUCUACCAUCUUUAGGCCAAUUAAAUCUUUGUUUCUCCUGCUCAGUCCUCUAUUGGGAGGCACCUCACAGCAUACCACAUGCAGGGUCACCACUUAGCCCAGGUUCUCUUCUACUGUUUCACAUUUCGGGGUGGAAAUAUAAAAUUCAUCUGGUUAUGUAAGCCAGAAAUGCAGCAGUCAUCCACAAGGCCUUCCUGUUUCUUGUCUACACAAAACAUCACCAACCCAUAUCAGUUUUACUUUCUAAAUGUCAGACUUCACUUCUCCCCAACUACAUUGCUUCACUUCAUUGCUUCACUCUAACCUUAAUACUGCAAAGGCCUCCCUUCUUCCAUUCUUGCCCCCCUCAGAUAUAUUCUCAUAACAACCAGAGUUAGCUUUUCUUUCUUUUAAAAAAAUUUUCUUUAAUGUUUAUUUUUGAGAGAGAGAGAGAGAGAGAGACAGAGUGCAAAUCGGGGGGGGGGGGGGGUGGGCAGAGAGAGAGGGAGAAUCUGAAGCAGGCUCCAGGUUCCAAGCUGUCAGCACAGAGCCCAAUGCAGAGCUUUAACUCACGAACCAUGAGAUCAUGACCUGAGCCAAAGUCCGAAGCUUAACUGAGCCACCUAGGGGCCAUCCCCCCCCCCCCGCCCCUGCCUUUUUAAUGUUUCAGAGUUAGCUUUUCAAAAUACAAAUCUGAACCUGUGUAAAACCAUUAAUUUUCAAUUGCUCUAAGGGUAAACCACAGAAUUCCUAAAAUGGUCUGGUUUCUCCCACGUUCAGGAUCUCAUCCCCCACUUCAGUUAUUCUUCCCUGACUCCUUCCCUUCAGAUAGUCCCAAUGUUUUGGGUUUUCUUCCUUCUGCAACUAUUCUUUAUACAAUCCCCAUCUAUUCCUAUGGCUUUACCAACUAUUUGCUGGUAGUUGUCAAAUCUGUGUCCAGCUACUACACUUUCCAUCAAGGUUUUCCUAGUAUUUCAGACCACCAUAAUGGAUCACUACAUCAUUUUCUCUCUGGUCUGCUUAUUCCACUAGAGCCUUCCUUAUAUACUGAAGCCAGUGAUAUUCUAAAACAUAAAUGUGAUUAUAACACUUUUGUGCAGUUGUCUUUCAGAAACCCCUCCCCUCAGGCUAAUCUAGUGAUGUUUCUCAAAGAGAACACCACUGGCACUUGAGACAGCUGCCUUGUGCAUUACAGGAUGCUUAGCAUCUCUGUGCCUAGUCUUUCCUCAAUCACCCCCCACUUCUAACCUAAGAGAGGUAGUUUCCUCCCUCCCACAAACUGUUGCAAGAUGUGCUUGCCCCCACCUCCUUCACCUGUGGUAUUACGGUGCUUCUAACCAGAUCCUGAUCUACAUGGAAGGCUCCCCCAGGCAACCAGUUACCUGUGUUCUCAGUGUCCAGUACAGGCUGGCUGAGGGUCUGCUGCCAAUGAAUGACUGAAGGAAAGAGGAAGUGAGUUCAAGAAGGGACUGAAGGCUGAGGGGCCAGACAUCUACUUGUGGACUCUGGCGCCACAGGCAGGGUACGCCCUCUGGCGGCCACAGCCUUCUCCAUGCAAGGUGACAAUGAGUUGAAGGGUGCAGGAGGCACCCAGCCAGUGGCCCUGAGGCAUUUUCCUGUCUCCAGUCCUCUGGACGCCUCUCCUUCAAACCUGGGCAUUGGAUUAUGGGACAAUUAGUGCAAGGCCACAGUUUGAAAAGUCCUCCAUCACCAUGGAGGUACUCCACCACAGCCUUACUUUCUGCUCCUGUGAUGCCAUCUCCUGACUCCUCCAAAACAAUGGCCCCAUAGAUGUCCUCUCCCCUCCCACACCACCUGCUCACCCACCCGCCAAUGCAGUCCCAUUCACUGGGGGCCAUCCACCUUGGUAACGUCUACUUCCGUUGCUAAGGCCCAUCUGACAAAAGCCCAGGAAGGGCUUACUGGCUACAGACAUUAAGGCAUCUCUGUAUUUUCACCUCAAAUGGGCUUUCAGUGUUUUAACAAGUCAUUUCUCCCUUCAUUUCAAAACUCUUCCCUCUCUUGGAUUUUAGGAUUCUCUUCUUGCUGCUGUUUCUAAGUCCUCUUUAUUUGCCUUAAAUGCUAGUGUUCCUCAAUGUAUCACUAUUGAUACAUUGAUGGCUCUCAAAUUUCUAUCUUCAAUCCAGAUUUUCCUACUGAGUUCCAGGCCCAUGCAUCCAGUUACCUUCUGAAUGUCCCUCAAGUACCUCAAAUAUAUCCCAAGUUUAACUCUUCACCUCCUUCUACCUCAUCGUCUGGCCAUGAAACAC